UAUGAGGGCCGGACGAUAGGCUGAUGCGCCUUCCCUGGCCAAUGGGCGCUCGAGUCUAUUUUAAACUGGGUGCUUUUGAAUUGGGAACAGCGAUGCUAGUUUGGUAGUGGAAAUGAUUGGCUGAUUUUAAGUUUGGUGGUUUCAUUCACAAUUUGUUUAAAUGUGUUUGCGUGCUUUAUGUAGCUUAUUUGGCCACGGUUAUUUAUUGUAGGUGCAAAAAAUUAAGAUUAUUUAGUAUUGCUGCAGAUAGUAGUCCGGUCAUUUUCACUGAGACUUUAGUUUAGAUUAUCACGAGCUGUUUCUGAAGAAAAAACACGGAAAUCAUGAAAGCAGGGAUUUUCCAUUGUCGAUGUUCGAGGUGUUUUCAUCUGCCAUUGAAACGAAGAUUGAGAAAGCGUCCACUAGUGCUUGGCAUUUUGAAUCUUCCAGAAGAUGUGCUACUGCAGAUAAUAAAGUAUCUUCCUGUUGAUGAUAUCCUUGCUGUUAGAGCUGUGAACUCCUACUUUAAAUACAUUGUUGAUCAUCAUUCUAGUGUCUGGGGCUCUGCAAGCUUUUCAGAAGUAUGGCCUUCGCCUGACAACUUGCGACUGUUUGAAAGGGCAGCUGAGAGUGGGAAUUUUGAAGCUGCUGUGAAGCUUGGCAUUGCAUACCUUUACAACGAAGGCUUAUCCAUUUCUGAUGAAGGUCGUGCAGAAGUGAAUGGGUUGAAAGCAUCUAGAUUUCUUAGUCUGGCAGAGAGCCUCAAUGUACAUGCUGAUCCAUUCAUCUGGUUAUUUAUUCGACCUCCUUGGUCUCCUACGGGAAGUUGUUGCAAAGCAGUUGUUUUUGAAAGCCUCCGGACAGAAUGUCAGUCACAGUUUGUGAAGAAGGGACAAUUGCUGUACUGUUUAGCCAAAGUUCUUAGUCUCUUUGAAGGUGAUGAAAAGCAUAAGGAGGCUGUAUCAUUGUUUACAGAAUCGUCUAACCAGGGCUGCUUAUCUAGUUCCUUUCUCAUCUGGAAACAUGAAAGAGAACAUGCUAUGUCUGAUCCUGGUAGAAAUCUACAGAGUCUUAGAUAUCUCAGGGACUGUGCAGUCAAGGGUUGCUGGGAAGCCCAGAUGGCUUUUGCCAAGUAUUGCGGCAAUGGGAACCAGCUUGGCUUGGACAUCAGAACUACCUACGAAAUAAUCUCUCGUGUCUUUCAGUCUUCAUCUCCAUGUAACAAACAGGGCAUAUUCAUGUUGCAGAAAGGAAUGAAUGAUACAAUGAGGUACAUUCUCAUUGACUGGCUGGUGGAAGUGGCUACCAUGAAAGACUACUCAAGCUUGUGCCUUCAUGUGACCGUGAGCUGCGUGGACCGGUACUUGAUGAAGCGACCUGUACCCAGAGCAAAGUUGCAGCUCUUAGGAAUUGCUUGUAUGGUUAUAUGUACCAGGUUCAUCAGUAGAGAAAUACUCACCAUUCGAGAAGCAGUUUGGUUAACAGAUAACACUUACAAGUAUGAGGACCUUGUGAGAAUGAUGGGUGAAAUCAUCUCAGCACUUGAAGGGAAAAUACGAAUGCCAGCUGUAGUGGACUAUGUCGAUGUGCUGCUGAAAUUCACUCCAGUAGAAAGGAGAACUGCCCAGCUGUGUUACUAUAUCGCUGAGCUGUCUUUACUGGACACGAGCCUAUCUGUGUAUUCUCCAUCUCAAAUAGCUGCUGCUUCUCUCUUGCUUGCCAAGAUACUCCAUAGACAAGCCCUUCCAUGGUCCAACCAUCUGACAGACUGCACUGGUUUUACACAUGAAGACUUGGUGCCAUGCUUACUUAGCCUGCAUAAGAAAUGUUUCUAUGAUGAUGCUCCUAAAGACUACAGGCAAGUAUCCUUGACAGCUGUGAGACAACGUUUUGAAGACGAUCGUCAUGAGCAGAUCAGCAAGGAGAAGAAGAAGAGAUGGGAGUUUUUGUGAAGAUAGAAGCAGUUUUGUUGCCACGCCCACAGCAGAACUAUCUAGCCAGGAAGAGACUCUACUGGGUGAUUUUCUGGACUGGAGUUUGGACACUUCAUGGUCUGGCUAUGAGGGAGACCAGGAAAGUGAAGGAGAAAAGGAAGGAGAUGUUACAGGUCCGAGUGGGAUUUUGGACGUGACCAUGAUGUGUAUAGAUCCUCAGCAGCACUGUUGCCCUGAGUCAAGUGAUGAAGAUAACAUACCAGAAAAGAAAGCUGUACUGAACCCACCCAAAAGAUGCACAGAAGUAGUAAGUGAAACUUCCCAAAGGUGCUACAUAACAUUUCGAAUGCGUUGUGAGCCAAAAGCAGAACCCAGCUCUGGUUAUUCUUCUGUGUGUACUGGAAGUCCAGCAUCCAUCACAGCAGCACAAUACGUAGUGCCAACUUCAUCUACCUCAGAACAAUCUACAAGUUUGCAUUCUUCACUGUCUGCUUCAGUGCCCUGGAGUUCAGAGGCUGCCUGUUUCCCAUAUACACAAAAGAACCCUGAAUACAGGGGGCAGGUUAAACGCAAAAAUGCUGCAGAACAUAACAGUGAGGAAUUUAACAUUUCUCAGUGUUCAACACUGUAAGCCUUGCUAGGCAUGACUGUUAAAAACUGGAAUUCAUAGCUUUUGAACUCUGACUAUCAUGAAUAGCAUUCAGAUGAAAUAUUUUUGUGUGUAUAUGUCUGAUUUCUAUUUCUCUACCUGUGACAGUUUGUGAUGUUUUUAUGCUACCUGGUUAAAAGAAACUUUACGACAGUGAAUGCAGUAAUUAGCUUGGGGAUUAAUCUAAACAAAA